CUGAAAAACUAUUCGUUCCCUGCAUUUUUUUCGACAUUAUAUAUUGUCAGGAAGCUCUACGAGUCCCCCGGCUCAAGCGCUGCCGGCUCAAGCUCCGCGUACGUUCAUUUUCUCCUGCCUGGGGAACAUCCGCGAAGGUGAACGUUGAGCUAGCGUGGUGUUUUGCUCUGCCUACGCAACUGCCCAUCUCCCUGUACAUCUUGUCUCUCUUUGUUGGCCUCUCAUAUUCAUUCCUUGUUGCGGUGUGUUUGUGGCAAUUUGUAUUGUACCUGCGCCUCGCGUGGAGAUCCGCCGUGUGCGUGUGACUUAUUCCUGAAUUUGAUUCUUGUUUCUCGUUGCACGAAUCAUGCCACAUGUUCGCAGUUGUCACAGGCGAGCUGCACGAAGAUCUCGGGCCGUUUAUUUGGGCUUCUGCAAGCCGCCAUGUAUUCCCGUUUGCUUGGACUCGUUGUUGCCAAAAACCGAUACUUAUACGAUUCUUCUGACAGAAUUGGCUGCUCCGCCUGGAUUGGAGGGAGACUGCAGAGGGGGGACCCAGGAAGUGGGAGUGCAGACUUUGUCUUCUUUUUGCCGGACUGUGUGUGUCGAUGUGCAAACGGAGACCCCCCCGACUCUUUGUCAUGCCCAUUCCUAUGAGAGUGCAGUUGGGAGUUCAACAGCAGUUGGGAGUUCAACAUUUGGAAGUUCCGCAGUUGGUUUGACUUUGUGCCAGACCAAUUCUUAUGACAGUGCAAUUGGGAGUUCAACAGUUGGGAGUUCCGCUGCCGCCAGCGUGCAGGACGCCUGUGUACAAACUCAGCUCUCUUUAAUGGGCGCCGGUGUGCAAACAGAGAAUCUUGUGUUUGGUAUGCACAACGGUGCCGAAGUGGACGCUUUCACGGAUUCCCCAAACGUUUCUUCAAUGGAUGCUGGCGUGCAAACUCAUGGGUCUACGCCUUCAUGAGCUCUACGCAAAGUCAGACGCCUGCGUGCAAGGAAGCUCUACGCCUUCGUGAGUCAGGUGGGAAAGAUGUGCAGGCAGUGGUCUCAUUUUCUUCUGACACGUAUGCAGCUCUUUCAUAUUCUUCUUCUUCUGAUGUCAAGGCAGUGGUCUCAUCUUCUUCCGAUGUGAAGGCCAAGGGGACUUCCACGUGCUCCCAGGCCACCAUUGCCGAUGUUAAGGCAUGGAUUGACGCUGCUGGCAGUACCAACGAGUCGAAUGCGUUCCAGUAUUUAAAGAAUGGAGUGGAUUUGUUUGCAGAACUUCUGACAGAAGGUGGGAUCCCUGCAAAGGCCAGGGCAAAUUAUGCUGUGCGGAAGCGCGGGACGUUCGAGAAUGUGCAAGCGACGUUGGAGGACCUUCUGGAAUUCUUCGAGAGGCACAGAUAUCUUACAGGGCAGAUGAACCGUGCCGAGGCUGCCAAGUUUCUACAGGAUUCCAAGUGCGACGAAUUCCGAAUCCAAUCCUAUGGACGUCCGAGGAACGAUACAACGUCGUCAUGUGGAAGUACUGCCUGCAAAGGCAAAGGCAAAGGCAAAGGUAAAGGCGCCGACAUAGGAGGUCAGGAGUGUGACGAAGUGUGUAGGUUCGGUAGGACGUUGACGGACUUUGAACGAAGGUGUAAAUCUCAGGUUUGGCCUCUGCGGUAGAUAUUCGUAUUCUUCGAGUGUUUCCUUUCAAUCCGAACUUAUUGUUUUGGAAUUUUUGAUUGUGAUUGCCUCGUGUGGUCAUUCAAUGCAUCCAUAUUCAGUGCAUAGUCUCUUUUGUUUGUGCUCUACUAAUUCAGUGUGUGCAUGUUCAGUUCUUGGCCAGGUCUCCUGGCUCUCAUGUCGUAUUAUUAUUUUCGCCUCAUCAGUUUCGUAACUGCUCGAGGGUUGAACACUUUGGAGUCCUCUAUGUGAUGUGCUCCCACAGGUUGUGCCGAACGUCUUUAAGAGACUUCGCUUCGCCUGAGACUUUGUAGGACCUGGCCUCAGUGGCCAAGAUGGUCCCAGCAAAGACGCAA